CAAACAAUACAACAAAUCGCUACCAGUUUUUCUGAAAGAUAAACCAAAAAAAUUCAUCAAACAUGUGAUGGACCGGUGGGAUAGAGUGGAGGCUACCUCCAUUAAAGAGAAUGGGUGUGAGUUCACUGUAGGUGAAUAUACGGUAAACCUUUCAAACCCAACAUGCUCUUGUCUCGAUUUUAAAGAUCGAAAUUGGCCAUGCAAGCAUAUGCUUGCAAUCAUAAUGCAUUGUCCAAGCCAUACUUGGGAUUCUCUUCCAACACAGUAUACAAAGAGUCCAUGUUUUAACCUUGACAAAGACUGUCAAUCGUUAGACAUCGUGUCUGAAGAAAGAUCUGUUGUUCUUUCAAAUGACAAACUUCGUGACAAAUGUCUCACUGUAUUAAAAGAAGCCACAAAUGCAUUGUAUACAGUGGACAGUGCAGACAUCCUUGAAAGUGUCCAUAAUGAGGUUAUUAAAUUGAAAGGUAUCAUCGAAAAAGGUCAAUACACAGGUGCACUUCGUGAAAAAGAAAGAAGGAAUAAAAGACCUACAAAAAGAGCACGGAUGCAAAUGAAGCAAACAGAACAAAUACACUCUGAACAAUCUGAAAUGGAGGAUGAAAUAGACAGAGUGUUGUUUGACAUCUGGGACCAUCCAGAGACACGUGAACAGAUAUUGAAGGUCGGUUCUUUCACCGUAUGGAACAACUCGUUCCAUUUUCUGAAGACCAUGCUUCCCGAUGAGAUAAUGGAUGCAUUUUUACAUCUGCUGUGUUUGCCUUUGGAUGGCAGUCUCCAUGUAGCAAGUACAGUAUGGACUGCCAUAUUUUUGGGACAAGACCCUGAUAAACACAGGUAUUUAAGCGAGGUGCAGAUACUGGAGUAUGAUCAUCUGGUUGGAGCAGUCAAUGAGGGUGGAUUCCACUGGUCUCUUAUAGUUGUGCAACCGAAAGACAACAAAGUAUUGUACAUAAAUCCGAUGGGGGAGCAGAAUGUUUCCCAGCAACAGAUCCUGCAACACUGGAUUAAAUUUGUGCACAUUCGGCGCUCAUCCAGCAUUGAUAUGGGCGGACCAACACAUUGGAACAUACUCUGCCCACGUCAUGCAAAACAGUCAGAUUCAAUAUCUUGCGGUGUCUACGUUUUAAAGGUAAUGGAAUCCGUUAUUUGUACUUCCCAAUGAUUUUUAACCAGGUUUUCCGAAGGAAAAAACUGGUUAUUAGAUUGGCGAAUGCGGGCGUGCCGGCUGGCGGGCUGGCGGAACAAGCUUGUCCGGGCCAUAACUAUGUCGUUCAUUGUCAGAUUUUAAAAUCAUUUGGCACAUUUGUUUAAUAUCAUUGGACGGUGUGUCGCGCGAAAUAAUUACGUCGAUAUCUCCAAGGUCAAGGUCACACUUUGAGUUAAAAGGUCAAAAAUGGCCAUAAAUGAGCUUGUCCUGGCCAUAACUAUGUCAUUCAUAGUGAGAUUUUAAAAUAAUUUGGCACAUUUGUUCACCAUCAUGGGACGGUGUGUCCCACGAAAGAUUCACGUCAAUAUCUCCAAUGUCAAGGUCGCCACGACUAAAAAUAGAUUUAAAAAAAAAAAAACUUACAAAGGGGGUUAAUUUUUUUUGGUCAUAUCAAAAGUUCAGUUUGAGUUUUCUCCCUUUAUCAGAUUUUUUUUUCACAAUGAAAACCUGGUUUUGUGACAAUUUUGUCCCUUGUUAUAAAUAUAUUGCAGUUUUUCAAUUUCAACCGUACCUGAAUAUAUGCAAUGUCAACAAGUUUCGAGUAAAUUUAUCAAAAUUAGAUAUGUCAUCACAUAGAUUAAAUAUCGAGACAGGCAGAUGGGCUAGACCUACACCAAUUCCAUUAGAUCAAAGAAAGUGUACUGUUUGUAAUAAACUCGAAGAUGAGUUUCAUUUUUAUCUUGAAUGUACAAUAUAUACUGAACUGCGAUCAAAAUAUAUUCCAUUGUAUUACAGACAACGACCAAACAUGUACAAAUUUAUCGAGCUAAUAACAUCAAAUAAUUAACUAUUAAUAAGAAAAUUUAGCUGUUAUAUUUAUCACUCUUUUAAGGUUCGAACGCAUAAUACAUAUGUGUCAUCAAUUUGAUUUAUUCUGAAAUGUUUUGUGCGGUAUAUAUCUUGUUGUAACUUUAAUUGCAUUUAGUAUGUACUGCAUAUUAAUUGUUGGGAUAGUACCUCAUAUGUAACGUGUUUUUAUUCACGUGUUUUUUAAUCUGUCUUUGUGUUUUAACGGUCACCUUCAAUGGACUGUCAAAACUGUAUUUGAAUGUAUUUAAUCAAUUGCCAUUAUUAUCUUUUUAAUUAAGGUUAUAUUAUAGUAUCGUUUCUGUUCCUAGAUGUAUUCUACGACAAUAUGGCUGCAUUUUUAGAACUGUUAUUCACUGAUUUACAACUAUUAUGUCACAUUAAAUACUGUACUUGUACCAUCUUUAUUUUCAUAGAGCAUACUACAUGACCUUUUGACCAUCUACAUUUUUGAUUGCGUAGGUGGUUUGUUUAAGGUUUAUGAUAUGCUUGUUUUUAAUAUCAAACGCAACCAGUUAAAACAUUUUGUUUCUCGUGUUUGUUUAACUACAGACACCUUGUCAUAAUGUCAUAAUAUCAGUUUAAUUAAAUAAUAUGUUGUUCUAUGAGCAGAGCCUUUGAGCUGCCAAUAUUUUCGUUUCGCAUAGGUAGCAAGCAAGGGAUAAUUCUUAUGAAAUCGAUACAAGCAUGAAAAAAGCAUAAUUGAUAUUUAGUUUAAUACUGUGUGCUAUCACGUGAAACGAAAUUUGUUACGCUAAGGUUAGUAAAACGUGUUAUUAUUAUGACAAUUGUCAUGUGAAGUGUGAAGACCCAAUAUAUGUACAAUUUGCUUAUUUGAUAUUUUGUUGUCAUAAUUAAGGUCCAUUACAAAUGAUGUAAUACAACCUAUUCAAUUACAUAUAUACUAUCAAUAGUUAUUAAUAUAAUUAUACCUAUAUUUAUGCCCCCCUUCGAAGAAGAGGGGGUAUAUUGCUUUGCUCAUGUCGGUCGUUCUGUCGGUCGGUCCGUCCACCAUGUGGUUUCCGGAUGAUAACUCAAGAACGCUUGGGCCUAGGAUCAUGAAACUUCAUAGAAACAUUGAUCAUGACUCGCAGAUGAACCCUAUUGAUUUUGAGGUCAUUAGGUCAAAGGUCAAGGUCAUGGUGACCCGAAAUAGUAAAAUGGUUUCCGGAUGAGAUCUAAAGAACGCUUAUGCCUAGGAUCAUGAAACUUCAUAGGUACUUUGAUCAUGACUCGCAGAUGACCCCUAUUGAUUUUCAGGUCACUAGGUCAAAGGUCAAGGUGACCCGAAAUAGUAACAUGGUUUCGGGAUGAUAACUGAAGAACGCUUAAGCCUAGGAUCAUGAAACUUGAUAGGUAAAUUGAUCAGGACUUGCAGAUGACCCCUAUAGAUUUUCAGGUCACUAGAUCAAAGGUCAAGGUCACAGUGACAAAAAACAUAUUCACACAAUGGCUGUCAUUACAACGUAGAGCCCAUAUGGGGGGCAUGCAUGUUUUACAAACAGCCCUUGUUAAUUAAACAUGUAUGAAUUGUUGCAAUGCAACAUAUUUUUUUUC